GUGAGGGAGAGAGGUGAGCGCAUUUGGAAGAGCAGCUUCCCUCCCCACCCCACCUCUCUUUCCAAAGCUCCUCCUCUGUCGUCAGUAAACGGUCACAUUUUGCUCAAUGAGAGCAAGAGAGGGCACCGGAAAGGAUUUCCUAAUCUCAACGUGCUGCUGUUCCGCGCGGCUGUUUUCUCGCCUCUGUCAAAGCAGAGGCUAAUAUGAAGACAUCAUUUGGCAAACCAGACCCUGGAAAGCACCUGAAAUCUUCUCAUCUCAUUUGAAGCUGAGGACAACACCAUGCAUUGUCUCCGGUAAAACCUGCUCCCCACUCUCCCCUCUUCCUGACUAUCUUUUGAGAGUGAGGACACCAAGAGCUGCACAGACAUGGGUUCAGAUCAACCCUGCAUGGACUCUACAGAGCAAAGACCUGUAUUGGGUCCUGGCCGCAAGCAGGUGGGCCGCCAGUGUCUGAGGAAAAAGCUAAGGCCUGUGCGAAUCUUAGGGUUCGUCUUCAGCCUGGUGGCCUUAAGUGCUGUCUCCGUCAGUGCCUUUACCUGGAGCUCAGGGGGUCUCAGUGAACCAGCACUACCCCAAGAGAGUCUCCAUCAGUCGGCCCCCCACAGGACCCUACUUUUUACCCAAAACCAGAGGGACCCAAAUGUGUCAGCUGACAUGCCCAUAGCCAUGAGAUCUACAGCAGAUGGCAACCAGAGCCAGGGGGAUUACCCGCCAGACAUUUUUAGCCUCGAGGAGAGGCGUCAAGGUGCAGUGGUCCUCCACAUGUUUGGCAUGAUAUACAUGUUCAUUGCCUUAGCCAUCGUAUGUGAUGAGUUCUUCGUCCCAGCACUGACGGUGAUAACAGAGAAGCUCACCAUUUCAGACGACGUGGCUGGUGCAACCUUCAUGGCAGCAGGCGGCUCAGCCCCAGAGCUCUUCACCUCCAUCAUCGGCGUCUUCAUCUCACACAGCAAUGUAGGCAUCGGGACCAUCGUAGGCUCGGCCGUAUUCAACAUCCUCUUUGUCAUCGGGAUGUGUGCCAUCUUCUCCAAGGAGAUCCUCAACCUGACAUGGUGGCCGCUCUUCCGUGAUGUGUCCUUCUAUAUCCUGGAUCUGAUCAUGCUCAUCAUCUUCUUUCUGGAUAACUUCAUCUCCAUGUGGGAAAGUAUCACGCUCCUCUCUUCCUACGCUGCCUAUGUGAUCUUCAUGAAGUGUAACAGCAAAGUUGAGGGCUUCGUUAAAGAUUGUAUGCACAAGAACCAAGUUGUGGAAGUAGAGGUGCAGCCCAAGGAUGAGAAGGCGAGUCCUGGGGCGCCAGAGGAUGAUGGCAAGUUGUCGGCCAGGCCUCGCCUGCAAAGGGGAGGUAGUUCAGCCUCCCUGCACAACAGCUUGAUGAGGAACAGCAUUUUCCAGCUGAUGAUUCACACGCUGGACCCUUUAAGUGAAGAAUUUGCUGAUUCUGAGCUUGGAACUUAUGGGAAACUAAAAUAUUAUCACUCAAUGACUGAGGAAGGUAAAUUUCGAGAGAAGGCAUCCAUCCUUCACAAGAUUGCUAAAAAGAAAUGCCAAGUGGAGGACAGUGAGAAGGCAAAUGGAGUUGCAAGCCGCUCAGAUAAGAAUCUUCCAAACAGCUCCAGUGUGGAGGUAGAGGUGACGCCACCCAUGAAUGGAACAGCAGGGCAAGAGGGGGAGACGGCUGAAGAUGAGGAAGAAGAGGACCAGCCUCUGAGCCUGUCCUGGCCCGAAUCCAACCGCAAACGCUUCACCUACCUCUUCAUCAUGCCCGUUGUCCUCCCCCUGUGGCUAACACUGCCUGAUGUCAGGAAAACGUCGUCAAAGAAGUUCUUUCCCAUCACAUUCCUCGGUGCCAUCUGCUGGAUUGCAAUAUUCUCCUACUUAAUGGUGUGGUGGGCUCACCAGGUUGGAGAGACCAUUGGGAUUACGGAGGAGAUUAUGGGCCUGACUAUAUUAGCAGCUGGAACCUCCAUCCCUGACCUCAUCACCAGUGUCAUUGUGGCACGCAAGGGGCUGGGGGAUAUGGCCGUGUCCAGCUCUGUGGGCUCUAACAUCUUUGACAUUACUGUUGGGCUACCCUUCCCCUGGCUCCUGUGGUCCAUCUUCAGCGGCCUGAGCCCAGUGCAGGUCAGCUCCAAUGGCCUCUUCUGUGCCAUUGUGCUCCUCUUCCUCAUGCUCCUCUUCGUCAUCAUCUCCAUCGCUGCGUGCAAGUGGCGCAUGAGCAAGCUUCUCGGCUUCAUCAUGUUCAUGUUGUACUUCGUCUUCCUGGUGGUCAGCGUCAUGCUGGAGGACAGGGUGAUCACCUGUCCGGUGUCUGUCUGAAGAGCUGUCAAGGAGCUGCCUCCUCUCCAUCAUCACCGCCGACACCACCACCCAAGAACCAUCCGUCUUGUCCGCUGUUGCUCUCACCUGACCCUUGUGAUCCUUUACAACUGGAAGAAAAAGAAGAGUUGUACAUGAGAAUAGCGUAAAAAUGUGAAAAAAAAAAUAUAUAUAUAUAUAUAUAAAACCUCCAGUGAUUUUCACAAAGCAGUUGGUGAUGGUGGAAGGAGUUGAACAAACAUGAAAACAAGACUUUGACUGGUUUCACAUAGGCUUAACCUGAGCUGGUUUUUAUUUGUGAUUAUUUCACUAGCAGGUGAGGAGGGAUGGAGGUGGCAGGGUGAUGGGUGUAUGCCAAAUAUAGAAGUAUUAUGCAUGUCUAUAGUUUUACUAGAAAAGAUGGAAUCAAAACUUGGUCUGGUAGGUUGGGAAGUUUGACCUGUGAAAAUAUAAAACAACAAAUGCAGUGACUGAGUUAAAAUCAUGAGCAUAUUUGUUCAGCUGACUGAGACGCCUUCACCAGGAGUGAAUAAUGGAUGUGGAUGCAUUUAUGGAUGAAAAAAUUGCAGACUGUGUGGAGCAGAAAGACUUGUGGGCUUUGCACCUGAACAAGGAAUAUUCUCACUGCGUGGACAAACUUUCUUCUUCUUGUUCCGUUUUUUUUUUUCACUACUCUGAUUGUGCUCCAUCUGAAUGACAAGCACUUUCCCUCUUUCCUGCCAGAUGUAUUUAACACCACUCAAUGUUUCUUCAGAGGAUUUUUUUAAUUUUUUAGAUUCAUUUUCAUGAGAUAUUACUAGUAGCAUUAGUUCUACUGUAGCAGUAUUAGUUCAUGCGGAGCCAUCUUGACAAUCUGCUCUGUUUUUCUUUUCUUUUUGCCAUGUUUCACAAGUCACAUGCACCAACUAACAAAGACUAGAAAAAAAACCUUAAGUGAAGUUUAGCCUCUUGAAAUAUAUGCUAGCCUUCAAUAUAUUGUACUGGUUGGGAAAAUGCGCGAGUACUUAGACUCAUAAGUUUUAUACUCAAUGUUAAAAUAAUCCAUUUGAAAAAAAGAACUUUACCUUGUUUGCAUGGCUGACUUGGAUCAGUCAACGUGUAGUGCUUUGUUCACAGUAGAACUUGGCUGACAUCACAAACUAGUCAAGCUGUUGAGGUAGACGUUAAAUGCAUGACAAAAGAAAAAGAACCCUGUGGGUGAGUAUUAGCCUUCCAAUCAACAUUUAAGAAGUCAUAUACCAAGAUAUAAACUUUUAAAAAACAUGUUUCAUAACUUCUUAAUGCAAGCCAGUGCUCAAUCUCUAUGUAGAACUUGUCAGAACAUGUAUGGUCAAUGAUAUCUAUCAAACUUGUGCAUUCUUUUUUAAUCAAAGGUGCUUUUGUUUGCAUGUGUGCAUUAAAGCUGCAUUUGGAGUCAUCACACAAUGACCAUUACUUAAAUUAAUCCAUAAUUAGAGAUUGUACUACACAUGUUAUACCAGUGUGUAUAUAUAUAUAUAUAUAUAUAUAUAUAUAUAUAUAUAUACAGCCUGUGUUUUAUACUGGAGAAACAAAUCAUAAUCACAAUCUAUCUUUAAGCUACUAGAAUGUGGAAAUCACAGCAGACUUUACAGCAAUAUACCAUGUGUCGUCGUUGAUAAUAACAUCCCUCAUGCGUCUGUCUCCCUCUGUCCUUUUUGUCUGUUCUAAAAUCCAGUGAUGUAAAGUGGGCGACCAGUUCUCCUAAAAUGAACCCCUUCCUCUUAGAGCUGGUCAGAAACACCUACUUUACCUCAACACAGCCUCUGUACAGCAGCAUAGUAGAAGUUAACUGUAAAAUAAUAGUAUAUAGAUUCUCUGAAUGUGUGAGGAAAAAUGCAUGUAAGGAACUUGGGCUGGUUACCCACGGACUGUACAGCAGAGCUUAGAACAACUCUAUACUGUAUGUUAACUUUUAUGCAUUCAUUCAGAGAGAAAAAAAACAAGAACUCAUUAAAUUUUUUGUAAAUAUUAACUCUUUUUUUUUUUUUUUUUUUUUUUUUGGCAACCAAAUGUUUUACAUAUAUUUUACUCACUAUUAUUCCUUUAUAUUUUUGUAAUAUUGGAUGGAAAAGGAUGUCAAUAUUGUAUGCAGGUGACCCUUUAGUAUCAUCAUUUAACCAAGCAAAAAUACAUCAUUUCAGACUACUCUGCACCUGAUUAGGAUAUUUCAACUGGAAGCAUGUCUGCUCAGUCUCUGCUUAGUAAAUGAGGGCUUUAAAUACCAUACUGCCUCGUCUAAUUUAACAAACUAAGUGUUACUGCCAUUGUGGUUUCUGUCAUGUCAAAAGUGCACUGGAAAGAAAACGCCUACAUUGCCCAAACCCAUAACUGUUAUCAGUGAUCUAUUCUCCUGUAUUACAUUUUUUUUUUUACCACCCAGAUUGAAAGAGUCAAUUUAUGGCUUCUGUGAUGAAUCAUGUACAUUGUGAAAAUUCUCCAGUGCACAUUUGCCAUUAAACUCUUCACUCAGAGCACCCACACACUGGCAAAUGUGAUCACACUUCACCUCCAGUUUCUUCUCACUAUUUCUUUAAAUGAAUAGUUUUAGGAAAUGCAGGGUACUUUGUGUUCUUUCUGAGUUAGGAUGAGAAGGCGGGCACCAUCCCUGUAGUUGAGCAGCAUACAGUUAGCUUUGCAUGAGCACUUGCUGAGAAAGGUUUGCCAAAUGAACAUGUUGCAUCUUAUCUGUACUAAAUCCAAAGUGUGAAAACAACACGUUAUGGGUAAUAUGGUGACAAUUCCUCAUUCCCACUCUUGAAUUCAGUGUCUGACUUCUCAUCCAACAACAGGAAAGAAUUCAAAUAAGCCUGUUUACCAGAAUAAAUUUAUAAGGAGACAUUUAAGUGCAGUGACAGGUAAGAAAUGCCCCUUUAAAGAUUUGAGUUCAUUUACUUGAGUUUUGCUUGAUUUUAUACUAUUCCUGUUGGCUCGCCUUCUUAAAGCCCCUCAUGUCAAGACAAUAAGUUUCAGAUUAUUACGUGGUAUAUUUUGCGUGAGAUCACAAAUAGAGAGAAUAACACACAAGAAAAAAAACUAUUAAAUAGGUUCAGCAUGUGAGCUUGACAUUGAUUGUGGUUUAGCGAGGUAAACAACCUGAAACUUAACCACUAACGAACAUUCUUGCACUGUAAAUGUUUUUUUUUUCUUGGUGUUAAUGUAAGAUUUAUUUAAGGUGUACAUAUAAUGUAUACAGAUAAAAAUUAACCAUAUAAUCUAUAUGUGUAAAAGAAAUAUGUCUCUUUAUGUAAAAACACAAAGUAUAUAAUAAACACAAAUAAAGAUGCUAAUUCAAAUAUG